UGCAGUGGGAGGCCAGAAAGAGAGGUGGGAGUGGAGAGAUAUUACCGAGUUACCAAGGCAGGACAUCUUGGUCAAAGGAAGGAAAGAACGGAGCAGGAAAGGAGGAAGAGAAAGGGCUGAAACAGAGGAGUGCAGUUUCACACAGAGCCAGUGGACAUGAAAAGUACAUAAAUAAGACGUUCAAAUAUUAUAGACUGAAAUAAUCAUCUCAGCCAGUGUGAAGGAUUCAUUGGGGAUAGGAAAUUAUAUAACAAGUAAAGGAAAUUUCUCUGCUGGAGGAAAGGUGGUGUUUGAGGGAACGGACGUCCAACUUUAUUACUCUAAUCCAAAAACUAGACUUUCAUAACUGAAAGCUUGAUGAACGGCAAGAUGAGUAUUUCCCGUAAUGGUACCUUGGAGAAACCCGUGUCCCUGCAGUCAGCCACGGACCGAGGGGAGCCCGAAACACCUCACCCGCGCCUCCACCACACCGGCUCCAUCUCCUCCAGUACUCCGGCAAACGUGUCCAGCUCAUGUGUGGUGGUUCCUCCUCCGUACUCGAUAGCAGGCAGUGAGCUGAACGAGUCUCCCAUAGAGCUGAGGGGCUCUCUGGACUGUUGGGCUUGUUCUGUUCUGGUCACAGCACAGAAUCUGAUCAUCGCCGCGCUCAAUGUGGGUCUGGCUGCAUUGAUCUUCGGCCUCAUCCUCUUGCCUUCGCUCGUCAUGGUCGUGUUCGGCUUCCUCUGCCAUUCAACGGUUCAGCACCACGGUACUUCAGUCUACUGUUCAGAUCUCUUGGAUGAUGGAGGCUGUGUGGCGUUACUGGUGGUGGGGUUCCUGCUGCUGGCUCCGCUCCUGGUUCUGGCUCUGGCCGCUUACUGCAGGAUGGCACGCCACCUCCAGCUGGGCCUGUGCUUCAUCCCCUACAGCCGUGCUGUCUACAAGAACCUGCCUGCAUCACGUCAUCGAGGCCUGUGGGGCUGCUGUGGCCAGCAGGGGGCAGGAGAGAGCGAGGGAAAGGGUAGCGUGUGGGUUUGAGCAGAAGAAAACCUUACAAAAAAGAGUUCCAGUAUGUCAAUACAAGCAGUGCCAUGUUCUCAGCAGUUUUGUUAAACUGAUUUUUUUUUUUACAAAUUGUGCAUUUAAUUCAGUGUCAUACUCUUUUAAGCCGUGCUUUUGCAAUGAUGUUUUUCCGUCCUUUUUAACUGGAUCAACCUAUAGACCUUAGUCAGACCUUAGUAACACCAUAUUUCAUUUUUGACAGGAAUGAAAACAAGGCUGUGAGGGAUAGAAGUGCAGUGCGUUCAGUGGAUUUUACUGUUGUUUAACAACAUAAAGAUUUUUCAGCUGAAAAAACAUCUUUUUCGGUAGACAAACAUUUUUAAAGUUGUGAGUCAUGAAAAUUACAUGAUCUAUCUUUAUAUAGUCUGUGGCAUUGUAAAGAUGGUAAGGCUUAUGAUGCACGGGGUAACUUUUUGAGCAAUGUUGCUGGGCAAUGUUGCUUGCCACUGAGAAUGGGUAACAAAUUUUUAUCUGGAUACUUUAGAUCUGUCGUGGGCCCUGUGUCUCACCUGGUUGCUUGUUAACAGCAACAUUGCUCAAAGAGUUGCCCUGUGUAUCAUCAGUCUAAAUCUAUCCCUCACAGCCUUGUGUUCAUGUGUUAAAUUGAAUAUGGCAUCUAACCUAAAGUCUGUAAGAUGGUGAAAAAGGGUGGAACUAUUUUUAAAAAUGAAAUAGAUAUUUUAAUGUUGUUCCUUUGUAACAUGUUUUUAGUACAGUAUUUUUGUGAUUUUUUUUUGUACAUUUAACAGGAAAAAUAAUUAUGAAGUCUUUGUAAAAAAAAAGUUCUUAUUGCUGUGCAAACACCUCUUACAAUUUAUAAAAUUAAUAAAACAUUCUCACCAAAAAUGUAUGAAAUAUCAUCAACAGUGAGUAGUUUGAUUUCUCAGACAUCAGUGAUAUCUGUCAGACACUAGGCUACAGGCAAAAAAUAUAUAUAUAUAUAUUCUUAUAGAUCUUUAAACCUUUAUUUAAUUUUUAUAGACCCAAUAAAACAUAUUUUCAAGUAGCCAGACAAGAUGAAAUAUGAAAUAUACUGCCAUCCAUUUAAAAUGAUGAGACCAUUUAUUUGUCUUUUUCAAGAUUAUAUAUUUAAAUAUAAGAUUUCAAUAAAGACACUUUUUUAUUAUUGUGGUAUGAAUAAAAAAGUAAGAUAUGACUACACAUAACUAUAGAAAAAAUAAUAAUAAAAGAGCCUUGAGAAAAGUGCUUCAGAUAGCUUUGAGCUGCAAAUGAUAUCUUCACAUUCAUUUGAAAUGGAUGGAUAUGCUUUUAGUCUAAAUGUUGAAUAGGCUAUAUGUUCACACUUACACCAAAUAUAUUAUGAUCACAUGCCUUAUGACAGAUAACAUUUUAGAGCAGUAUUUUUGACCUCUCCUUUAAACAGUAAGAGGGAGUGAUUUCUUUUGAAAGCUAGUUGCGCUUUUUGACCCCUGUUUUGCUGUAACCGGUUCAUCAAACCCGAAUUUUCAGUAGCCUAAAGAUUCAAGUUAGACAUUCCUGUAAAAAACGCAUCAUGAGGUUUAUUUCCGUUAGAUCGCUAAUCAUGGGCCAUUGGUUUUUGGACCUCGACGAUUGCUGCUUACGGCCAUAAUUUGUUUUCAAUGAUAUACUUGUUGUAUAGAUAGCCUACUAUAGCCUAGAUUACGUAUAGAACUAUUGAAUGUUGUUUGCUUUGGUGUUGCCACCCGAAAAAUAAUUUUCUAGUUCCGCCCCUGAAAUGUACUCAGCCACUUCUGAGGUCAGGAGCUUUUGUUGUGGCUUGCAGGAUUAGUUAUUUAAAGCCUCAGUCUGUGGAAAUUUCCCAUGGCGUUCCGCGCACGCUCACUCAAAGCUGUAAUACGCAACCGAGGUAACGGAACAGAGGGGCAGACAGAGUCAGUACAGCAUCAGUGUCCGCCGGGAAUGACCUGAUCACUGCCAUAAGACGAUCUCUGUAGGGACCAGCACGAGCACACUCUCAUGGAGCCAGAGUUUCAGACGCAGCAGAUCAAUCAGAUCACUGGAUAGGACACGCGGCGCCACUUCGUUUCUCUACAGGUUUGACACAAGUUGUCCUCUAGAUUGGGUAAACCAUGGGUAAGAAAGUCUUGCAGUGUUUUCCUUGGUACAAACGCUGUAAAGACCUGGGUAAAAGCAGGCUGUGCCCUCCUCCACCUGUGCCAUCUGUUGAGGUGCAACCUGGCUUCUCUCCGACAGUCUCCUGGGGUUACGACGGAGAGGAAAGCGCCACACGUCCCGUCUAUUUUUCCCAUAAAGCACGAGUAGUUUAUCGCCACCAGAUGGAAGGCAAUAUUAUUGACGCCACCUGCUGACCUCUGGGCUUCUUUCCCAGAAUCUCUUGCCUUGUACCUGCUGUAGACGUCCAGAGUAGAGGAGCGUUGUAGGAGCCUACUAGACUUUUCCCUCAUGUGUAAUUAAACUAAAUAUUUUGUAUUUAGUAAAGAUGUCAGUGUUUCCUCUGGUUCCUCCACCCUCUUGCCAGACCAUUCACCUGUCUUGUUCUUAUUGUGUUGAAAUAUAAUAUAAUGUUUCAAGGGAGACAGAGUGUGCAGGCCACAUGGAAUGGAAAAACAGGAACUGAGCUGGAUUUUUUUAAAUACAAAUGCAAUGUAUAUGUGUUUUGUCGUGCAAAUCUGAUCCUGGAUGUAUGAUUGCCUGUUGUUUUUCAGAUGAUAAACCAUGGUUGGUUUUUCAGAGGUUUAUGAAUGCAUUUCAGGCAAAAGAAAACAUUUUGUACUAAUCACUGGAAUUAUAAUAUAAAAUGUAUAUAUACAUUUAGUAAUUAUUGUGAUUAUAAUUUGUUUCUUAUUCUCUGAUUCUAUCAAAGCAGUUUGAUUAGUGAAUACAAUUUAGUUUAAAUAUAUAAACAUAUUUUUAUUUUUAAUCUUUGUCUCAUUUAAAUGUGAUGAAAUGUGCGUAAUUGUCAUACAAAACAAUUCCCUCUUUGUACUAAAAGGUUUUAUUUUCUUUGUGCAAAAUAUAAAUUCUUAUUUAUUUUGGCUUGGGAGUAAAAUAUGAUCUGGACAUGUUAUUGACAGACUUCCCCACUAUUUAAUUUUCAGUUUGAGGUUGUUUUGAUACGUAAAUAGAUAUGCAAAGGACUUGCCAUAACAUAACACUAAUUAAGACAAAAUAAAAAAAGGCAGCUAUA